AUGACGGUGGAAUGCGUGGCCGUGGACGAGCUCGCCGACGAGCUCUCCUGGACAGUGGAUGAGGACGGCGACUACACGAUCAUUAUCGACAAUAUCUCGAACGCAAAUAAGGAGUUCAAGCACACCAUCACGAUCGAUCCUCCCACCGCGACCGCUCGCAUCCGCCCCUUGCUUUGCACCGGGCAAUACGAGGAUGCGAGCGGUCGCGAUAGGAGAACGAACGGCGACCUCAUCAAGCGAUCCGAAACGGUGGCGAGCUCGACACCCAUCACAAAGGAGCCAUUUAUCAUGGCACUGAAACAGAGUUCACAUCUGGCGCGCGCGACACUCAUCGCCACGGCCAUGGCGAGCUUCGUCGUUUCUCCCAACACCGCGCUGGCCUAUCGCUUCGAUGCGGAGAUCUGCGCGCCGUUGACCAAGCACAUCCCACGUGGUCCCAACGUGAUGAUGUACGUGGACACCUCCGCCUCGAUGCUGGAGCCUGCCACGGAGAACCCGAUAAGCAAUGACGAGAACCCGUCGACGACAGGGACCUACGAUCAAGGCCUCGAGGUCAUCUCGGCCAACGAUCCGAACAACCCCCAGAACCGACCAGGGCUCUCGCUCUCGCUCCAGGUCUCGGUGCCUCCCUACGCCUGGGUCGCCAACCACACCAGAGACACCGUCUCCAAGUUCCACACCGAGAACUUCACCGAGGAUGGCCGCUACUGGGUGGGUGAUAACCCGAGCCGCACCGUGGUCGAUGCCGAUGGUAACCUCUGGGUGGGGACGCGAAGCUCGACCGAGCUGACCAAGAUCCUCUGGGACAGGGACAACUGCCCUGAUCGCAACAACAACGGGACCAUCGACAGCUCCUACAGAUCUGGAAACAACGUCAUCCAGGUCAACAGCUCGGGCAACGUGUUCGCCGACGAGUGCGUCCUCUACCACGCUCGCCCGACCAACAACUACAGCAACAUCCGCGGCCUCGCGCCUGACGCGAACGGUCAGGUCUGGGUCGGCUACAGCUCCGGCAACGGCGCCGUCCAGUCGAUCGACACCUCGACCUUCGCGCUCUCGCCGACCUACGACUCCAGCGGCCAGAUGCGCGUCUUCCACCGCGCGGGGACCAGCAGCGGUCAGAUGAAUGACCUCGGCAUGCAGAACGCCGUCGGCUGCCCCGCCUAUGGGCUCGUGGUCGACUCCAAGUCGCAGCUCUACAUGUCGAACACGUGCCGCAACCGCCUGCCGAUGUUCGACAUCACCACCAAGACGUGGAAGGAGAUCUACUUCACCCCGGACAUGAGCUCGGGCUACGGGAUCACCACCGACUCCAACGACCGCAUCUGGCUUGGCGGAUGGCCUGGCGCCACGGGCGUUCGCAUGUUCGACCCGAACACGCGCCGCGUCUACUACUACCCGAACGACACCUACGGUCGCGUGACGGGCGUCGCCGUCGAACCCGGCACGGGCGACGUGUGGGCUUCCUUCUACUCCACAGGUUGGACAGGACGUCUGGCGGUCAACGAGAGCAACCUGAACCAGAACAACUGGACGAUGAUCCCGACGACCAAGACCUCGUAUAACGGCGGCAACAUCUCGGGCGUGGGCAACGACUUGCGCGGCGUCGGCUUUGACAGCUACGGGAACGCCUGGACCAUGGGGAUCGGCUCGGAUCGCAUCUGGAAGCUCGACCCCAACACCAACCGCCGCGCCUCAGAUCUCCCCUACGGCAAGUCGCUCGGUAACGGCACGCACUACACCUACUCCGACUUCCUGGGAACCCAGGCCGCGUCCUUCACCGCACCGAGCGGUCGCUGGACCAAGAUCUAUGACCUCGACGGCGCGCGCAUCGACGCGGUCGUCCUCGAGGCGCACACCCCUGCGGGCACGAGCGUUGGCGUGCGCUUUAGAGCGCUCGCCGACGACGGCUCGCCGACCACCGGCUGGUUCCCCACCGAGACCAACGGCGUGGCAAACUUCUACCCCUAUACCAGCGGGUCGAACCAAACCAACUUCCCGAUCCCGCAGUCCAACGAUAACCCGUUCGUCGCGCAAAAGUUCGAGGUCGAUGUCCGCCUGAGCACCGGCGACAAGGGCAUCCGCCCGAUCCUCUACAGCGUCGGCUUCCGCGGCAGCCAAUCGGACUCUUCCUGGGAGCGCGCGCAGAAUAUCGCCACUGGCCUCUCCAACAGCUCGACCGUCCCCGGCAGCUGCACCGAGGAUGAUGGCUCUGGCUGCGACAAGCUCCAGAUGGGGCUCGCCACCUUUGACAAUAACGUCGACGUCGCGACGCUCCCUGGCGAGAACACCAACGUUCAAAUCGGUAACGAGAUCAACGCCACCGCGCCCAAGGGGCUCACCGGCAUCGAUGACGUGAUCGAGGAGCUGCGCACGACCAACUCGCUCAAGGCCACAGAUCGCGACAACCUCGCCAUCCUUAUCACGGACGGUAAGGCCAACACCGAGACCGAAGUCGUCAACGCCAUCAACGGCAUCUGCGAGGCGCGCACGCGCACCAACGCCCCUGGCGUCACGACCUACGUCAUCGGCCUCGGACCAAACUCCGACGACAAGAUGACGAGCCUCUUCGCCGCAGCCGGUGGAACAGGCGCGUGUACGCUAAACGGGAACGCGUUCGAUCCGUGCAACGCAUCGAACCUCGAUCAAUACCUGAGCACCUCGGGCACCGCCCCCUACACCCAGGUGGGGGUCACGCCCAACACCAUCGAUUGCGCUGGCGCCUACGACUACAACGGCGUCACCGCGCUCAAGCUGCGAUUGCUCCAGCAGUCGGACGAGCAGUCGUGCCUCUUCGAACUCGAUGUGCCCGAUGACCCCGACAUGUACAACCAGCCAAACUACCCUCAGAUCGGUGGUCUACCUGACCCUGAAGCCACGCAAGUGAUCAUGAAUCACAUCAACUGGCGCAUCCUGCAGCUCCCUUACUGCGAUCCCGCUCAGGGAGACAUGGACUGCGGCCUGGAGGCAGAGAUGCUGUCGAAGGGAAGCAUCGCAGCAGCGACCGCGACUCAGUUCAAGGAUGAGGGCUGGCACUGGGCCAACGCCGAGCGCUCCGUCGCGACGCUCACACCUCAACUCUGCAAGGAGAUCAUCAGACGCAACGUCAAGAACGUCACCACUCAGGUCUCCUGUCAGUGCAAGCGCACCGGCGAGGAGUGUGACACGGGUCAGGUCGGCCGCUGCGGCCCUGGCUACUUCGAGUGCAACUACGACACCCAGCAGGACGAGUGCAAAUCCGAACAGCUCGCCAUGCCGGAGGUCUGUAACGGCAUCGACGAUGACUGUGAUGGCGUCAUCGAUGACCUCUCCAACGAGGAUCCUCGCGAUUGGAAGAACCUCACCCAGGCCAACCCCGAGUUCAUCGGCUUGACCUGCGAGUUCACCGACGCAUGCCGCUGCGACGGCGACCCUCGCGCUGUCAUCGACACUGACGAUGUGGACGUGUUCAUCGAGCAGAGCUGGGAGAACAAGUGCACAUGCAUCGAGGGCCUCGAGCCUUCGACCAGCGCACCUUCGAGCGACUCGAGUGACUCGAGCGGUGGGGGCGAAGUCCCCGCCGCUGGAUGCUCGUCAGGAGCAGGCGCGAGCGCAGCGCUCGGUGGCACCGCCGGUCCACCGCUCUUCGCGCUGCUCGGUUUGCUGCUCGUUCGCGUCCGCCGCCGACGUGAAGACUGA